GCCCUUUCCCGAAGGGCGAAGAGCGGCCAUGGCGGCGCCUCAGCCCGAGGGCGGCCCGGAGCCUCCGGGCGGGAAGCGGCGGCCGCACGGGAUGCUGAAGCUCUACUACGGGCUGCCGGACCCGGCGGGGGAGGCUUUGGCCGACCCGGCCAGGGGCGACCUCGGGGGCCCCACCGACAUCAACGGGCCCCACUUCGACCCGGAAAUAUACCUCACCAAGCUGCGGAAGGAAUGCCCCCUGGCUCAGCUGAUGGACUGUGAGACAGACAUGGUGAAGCAGAUCCGAGCACUGGAUAGUGACAUGCAGACAUUGGUCUAUGAGAAUUACAACAAGUUCAUUUCUGCCACAGACACAAUCCGCAAGAUGAAGAAUGACUUCAAGAAGAUGGAAGAUGAGAUGGAUUGCCUGGCCGCCAACAUGGCUGUGAUCACAGAAUUUAGUGCCAGCAUCAGUGGGACCCUGCAGGAUCAACACGAGCAGAUCACCAAGCUGUCAGGAGUCCAUGCGCUUCUGCGCAAGCUGCAGUUCCUUUUCGAGCUUCCGGCCCGCCUGACCAAGUGUGUGGAGCUCCAGGCCUACGGGCAGGCGGUUCGGUACUACAGCAAAGCCCGUUCCAUCCUCCACCAGUACCAGCACAUGCCCUCCUUCCGGGGCAUCCAGGAUGACUGUCAAAAGAUCAUGGCUGACCUCGCUCAGAAGCUGCGCGAGAAAUUCCGGGAUGGCGGCUCCGGUGCCAAGGACUUAGCCGAAUGCGUGGAAUGGCUGCUGCAGCUGGGUGAGCCAGCAGAGGAACUGUGUGACGAAUUCCUUUCCCACGCCCACUGCCGUCUGGAGGCCGAGCUGCGGGCCCUGGAGGCCGAGCUGGGAGACAGACCACAGUUCAGCAUGGCUGGCCCAGCGACUGACAUCCUUGAAUUCACUGACCGGGGCUGCAACAGCUUUGUCAGCAACAUUUGCCUGGUGAUUGCCUCGUACCAGGAGCUGUUCGUCAACCGGGAGGGCGCCCAGGGCAUUGCCCGCAUGGCCCAUGACAAGCUGGUGGCUUUUGUAGAUGGCCUGAUGGAACGCUACUUUGCCCUGGUGGAGAGGCGCAUCCAGCUGGAAAAAGGCGUUGGCGACAACUCCCUGCUGGUGCGGGCGCUGGACCGCUUUCACCGGCGCCUGCAAGCAUUGGCCAAACUUUUGCCAGCCUCACGGGCAGCGGCUGAAGGCACAGAGAUAGUCAUGCGUGCAGCCAAGGAGCGCAUUCGACAGUACCUCCAGGCCCUACAGAGCUUCUACCUGGACUGUCUGACAGACGUACGCCAGUCAUUGGCUGCCCCUCGCCUCAUGGGUAAGGAUAACCCCAACCUGGCAGAGCUGCUGGGCACCAUCUCAGCCUCCAUCCUCAACCAGAUCAAGUCUGUCCUCACCUACGUUCACCUCUUCACAGCCAAGGACAUCAACUUCUCAAACAAGCCGUACUUCAAGGGUGAAUUCUGCAGCCAGGGGGUCCGUGAAGGCCUUGUGGUCAGCUUCAUCAAGUCUCUUUGCCAGACAGCACGGCAGUUCUGCGAUAGCACGGGCGACAAAGGCGGGUCCAGCCCCCCAGCUCUGUUACUGCUCCUCUCCCGUCUCUGCUUGGAUUAUGAGACCGCCACCAUCAGUUACAUUCUCACGUUAACCGACGAGCAGUUCCUGGUGCAGGACCAUUCCCCCGUGACGCCGGUCACUGUGCUGUGCGCUGAGGCCAGGGAGGCUGCCCAGAAGCUGCUGAACCAUUACGUGAAGGUGCAAGGGCUGAUCAUCUCCCAGAUGUUGCGCAAGAGCGUGGAGACGCGUGACUGGAUCACCACCAUCGAGCCGCGCAACGUCCGUGCCGUCAUGAAGCGUGUGGUGGAGGACGCCACCUCUAUCGAUGUGCAGGUCGGGCUGCUGUAUGAGGAGGGUGUGCGGAAGGCUCAGAGCAGCGAUUCCAGCAAAAGAACCUUUUCCGUCUCUCGACAGCAGAGUCGCUACGCGCCCAGCUACACUCCCAGUGCCCCUAUGGAUACCAAUUUGCUGAGCAACAUCCAGAAGCUUUUCUCAGAGCGCAUUGAUAUCUUCAGCCCAGCGGAGUUUAACAAGGUCUCCGUGCUGACUGGCAUCAUCAAGAUCAGCCUGAAGACGUUCUUGGAGUGUGUCCGCCUGCGCACCUUCGGCCGCUUUGGCCUGCAGCAGAUUCAGGUAGACUGCUACUACCUGCAGCUGUAUCUGUGGCGCUUUGUUUCCGAUGAGAACCUGGUGCAUUUUCUGUUGGAUGAAAUCGUGGGCAGCACAGCUCACCGGUGCCUCGACCCGGUGCCCAUGGAGCAGAGCGUCAUCGAAGUCAUCUGCGAGCGCGGGUAGAACAGAGCGUAGAAUGUCAGGACAGAGCCUCAGUUUGGACGGCCCGGAAGGUCCCCGUUCACAUCGCCUGUCGCAUCGUCAACUCCCUGUUCAGCGAAGGGGUUUCCCAGACCCUCCAGAGGCAGCACUUCUGGGCACGUUGCUUCCUGCCAUGCAUGAAGCCAUCCAGGGGGAAAGGGGUGACCCUGGGGAAGGACCCUGCAGCUGAAACUUCAAUAUGUGGGAAGACUGUGAUAACUAAAGAGUAAUGUAAUUCUCCGCUGCCUUCGGAGUUCUGGAUUGAUUGUUGCAAGCUAUCUUACACCUGCACCAACCAGGAAACUGCAACUCUGGGUAAAUACAACCAGCAAUAGGUCUCAUUUCCUGCCGUGACACUUUUCAAGGAGGCUCAUCGAUAAAGGGAUUUCCAAGAUCAGUUAUUUGGAGGAAGCCCCGUCAGUGAACUACACAAGAGGAGGUGACCUUACUCACCCCAGAAAUUGUCUUAUUCCGGAGCUGAGAAUCGGUCCAGCUAUUCCUUCCUUUUAUUGGCAGCAGCUCAUAGCCAGCAAUCCUCCCUUUGCCUUUCCUUGAUCCUUUAGCUGGAGCUGCUGGGAGUGAAACUCAAGAUCUUUUGCCUUGGGAAGCUGGGUUCACAAAACAUGCUAAACCAAAGUGUGGUUGGUUUGAGGCUCAGCAUAUUAUGGGAGACCAGCCAACGCAGUAUGCAGAUUAGGUGUGCUAUGAACCCAGCCAGGUGUGAACUAUGGUUAAGCAAACCAUAGCGUAGCAUAUUGUGUGAGCCCAGCCUAACACUGUAGUCCUUUUGGGGACUAACGAGCUCCUUGUACAAGGUCAGACCAUUUAUUCGCCUAGCUUAAUAUUACCAACAUGAACAAAAAAUGAAAGCAAUUGAUUAUCUUUUAAUUCCAAGUAAUAGGGCUGAAUGUGGAAAUCAUUCUUCCACUGAGACAGAGGACAGAGAAAACUGCCUUAUCAGACCCCAAGUUGUUAGUUUUUCUUACUGUCUCAAGCCGAAAAGGCCUAUCCUUGCAGCGCUUGGGACACAGGCAGUGUAACAAUCCACAUGCUCAAGCGUUCACUCAAAGGCAGCUCUGAGGCUUGGGCUCUUUUAACUGUUCAAUGGAGCGAAGCGCCCGGUAUAAAGCAAAGUUGCGAAUGGCUUCUUUCCCGCACGUUCUGUGAUUUAAAAUUCACAUUUUCUACUUUCCCCCGCCCUUCUACCCAUCAAAGCAUGUACUCCCCCCUUUGCCAACAGAUGGCCCGGAUGGUACUUGGCCAGAUGGCCUUGGGCAAUAAACGCCUAGCCUAAACAACCCGCUUCACACUCCAGGUCAACACCCCCUCCCUUCUGGGUUUCUGGCAACUCUCCGCCCGUUGGCACGAGUUCAAUGAAGUUGGAUGCGAGUCCGAUCAGGAUGUUCUGAGGACAUUGUGAUCAGGAAGUAUGGCAGGCAGCCUUCUGUGUAAUUUCCAAUGGCAUCUCUAAGAGAGCAGACCUUUGCUAAAAGAGACCCUCUACCCUUUCCCUGCUGCUUAGGAGAGUCACAGAAAGGAGAAGAGUAACAGACUAAAAAGAAGACAUUCUGGAAAGCCAGGGGGUCAGAGAAUGGCGAGGUUCACAUAACGUAGUAAAGCUUGGUUAACAAACAAAUCCUGUGAUGAAUCCUGCUGGUUUGCUAACACAAGGGUUGUGUUCCCACCAAAUGCUUCAACUCCAUUUAAGCCUAGUUUGGCUUGCCCUGAGGAACCAACCUGUGUCUGUUGAUUUUGACCUCACUGACUCUGGGGCUCACCCUUGGCAUUAUAUUGCCCCCAGCAGACUUACUCAAUUGAGAAACAUGCCUGCCCCGGCCCCGCUUGUAUUCUUGUUAUUUCACUUGGCAGGAGAUCUUUCUUGGUGCAAAGCCAAGCCCCUACUGCUAUCUUCUGAUCUUCCCCAAAGAACUGAUUUCUUCUGGACCCUUCUGCCUCACUUCAUGGUUGCUGUCUAAUUUAUGCGCACGGGCAGAGUUUGGAGGUUUUUUCACACCAUCAUCAACAUCAUUAAGUUCCUUCCUUCCAGUGCUGACUUGCCUUACCAGUCUUAUCCAUACCCCCCCUCCCUUUUCCGCAAGGUGUUGUAAUGCCAACGUGCGCCUUGCACCGUUGCAACAGCAGGAGUGAGGCUGCAGUUGAGCAACCCCAUGUGCAAGGAGUCGUGCCAUGUCAAAAGUAGUAGUGGGGACGUUCUGUCUCUUUGGGACGAGGAGACCUCUAUCCUGGAGAUCCCGCCCUACCUGUGACGUGACAAAAAACCAACAUGCCUCAGAAGAAAGAUGAAUGGUUGAGCUCAGCAGUAGAACCACUGGUUACAGCAAUGUGAAAUCCCAGUUCACUCCAUGGCUGUAUAAAAAGCACCCAACUCUCUGUUAGUGCCCUGUCCUCAGUGCCUUGAGAUCACAUGGCUAAGAAUUGACAGCAAAAGAGCCAUAUUCCAGAGGUGCAAUUUUGGACUUUUUCCCCCCCAACUUUGGAUGUCGUUCGCUUUCCAAAGACCCAUUUCCAAGUUUAAAAACUUACAAAGCAACCAAAAGGUGCAACUGUGAUACAAUGCUUUCACUACAUCCCAGAUGGCAUGUUACAAAUCUCCAGAGGGUCCCUGGCCCUACAAAAUUGCAUAUCCCUGGCUUAAUCUGUUGGCUUGGCUCACACAUGACACUAAGACAACAGCUGGAUUCCCACAACAUGCUGAACUGCAAAUGGCACAACCUCAUUUUAGCCUACCAUAGCAUGUGUGAGAACUCAUUGGCACAAUGUGUUCUUAUUGUUGCAAAUUUAAGCUUUCAGAUAAUUGUCAUAAAUACACAACUUUUUAUAACGUUUUCUGGUGGACUAGUUCAGACGUUCCUAACCUGGCAUCCCUCCAGGUGUAUUAAGGCCAGCAUGGCUGAGAGUUUGGGAUUUGUGGGUCCAACACAUCUGGAAAUGCCAGGUUGAAGGAAGAAGGGGUUUUUUCCCCACUAAAAAGGCUUCAGUAAACAUGUUAAUUGUUAAAAUGCCACAAGUUGCUAUUGCACUACACCGUAUUGACUGUGUCCACACAACCUACAAUCAACCAUGGUUUACUCAAUCUAGUUUUGUGGUUUUGCAUGCGACACUGAAACCCCAGGUAGGUUCACAGGACACAUUAGUCCAAAAUGCAGUUGGUUAGUUAGAAGUGUAGUGAGUUAUACAGUCAAGAAAAGUCUGAUUUUGUUUGUGUCAAAGGGAAACAUUCCUGAUGUCUUUCAGUUUCCUUCUUGUGACUACAGCUGUGGGUGAACCUUUCAGCCAACAUGGCCUGGUAACUGGCAAGAGAGAUUGCUUUGUAGGCCUACACAUGCAUCAAAAGGGCAGUGGUAGAUAAAGAAGCAUAAAAUGUAACAGGAAAUGAUAAUAUCUUGAAUAAACGUUGCAGAGAGAAAUUUCCUCUAGAUCUGAACGGUGCAUCGCUUCGUAACGAGGUACAUUGCCUGAAAUGACCUGUUUUACCCAACAGUGGAAAGUAAACAAGCAAUGAACAUGAUCAAUUACUUUAUCUGAGCUCUGUCUAAAGAUGGCUGCCCUGGGAAGACCUGGCAGAGGGGCGCAGGAUGGGACAAUCCCAAAGGGGCCCAGGGGGAAUUUCCCUGCCAUUUCCCCAUUAUGCAACUUUUCAGAUCACUUUUUUUCAACAAUUGCCUUUGACGUGAGGCUUGGGAGGGCAGUUCCAGUAGCAUUUAUAUGGGGUGAUAACGAUGCCAACUGCACAUACACAGAAGAGAGACGAACACUCUCCAUCCAGAGGAGGAGGAGUUUUGUUCCACACAGCAGCAUGUCUAAGUUUUGCCAGCGACGGCCGCUACGGAAGAUUCGGAAAGUCCCCUUUGGUGCAAUCGUGUUCGUGUUGCUAGUCUUGAGUUAUGCUGCAGAGGCAUUACCCAACUGUCGUGCU